AUGGCCCAUGCCCUGCCUUCAUGUGCGCUCACCGCCGCCAUCGCUGCGGUCAAGUCCGCGCUCAAGACGUUUCGGAUCCGCGCCGAGAAGAAGCUCCCGGGCAUUGUCAACUACUUCGGUUGGUGCACUUGGGACACCUUCUACCAGGACGUCAGCCAGGAGGACGUCGAGGCCGGGCUCCGCAGCCUCAUUGCCGCCGCCCAACUACUGCGGCAGUGUCCUGGCCGUGGGCCCUGGCACGCCAUCACCAGCUACUGCGGCAGCGUCCGUCCGGACGCGGCCCACGGCCGGGACGGAGCACUACUGCUCAAGCUAGCAGUUUCCCAAGGUGUCACCGGGUGUCGUGGAGAACGAGCUCGGGAUGAUGACCGACAUGCUCACCCUGCAAGGGCUCGGCUUCGCUCACCCGUGUACCGCUUCUACGACGAACUCCACGCGUACCUCGCCACCGGCAGCGUCGACGGCAUCAAGGUGGACGUGCAGAGCGUCCUCGAUACGCUCGGCGCCGGUCAUGGCGGACGCGUGCAGCUCACCAAGCAGGACCAUCAGGCGCUCGACGCCUCCAUUGCCAAGAACUUCCAGGAGAACCUCCCAUAG